AUGAACUUUUGGAGAUUUCGAGGCACUGCUACCCAAGAAUAUUGUUUGGGAGAGUGUGAGAGUGUUUCAAAGUUGGGAGGUGCCGAUGGGGGCGGAAAAGAAAUGAAGAGGUUUUUUUGGCAUUGGGAGAAUUUGUCUGUGGGAAUUGAACUGAGUGAGAUAGGUUGUCUUAUCACAGUGAGUUUGGUUAAAGUAGGAUUGAAUUUGACGCAUGUAGUCUCUACUACGACAAAGCAUACUGCCGAUGGUCAGCCGAUAAUAAGCGGUGUUACAAAAGAUGGAGCUCUUUUGCAUUCUGGGAUUUUUCAGAGUUCUGGCAGGCUUGAAACUGCAACAAUUAUUACUACAACGACAACUACAUAUAAAAGCUAUGAAAAUACAGGUAAAUAUGUAGCAAAAGAAAACAUUACCAGUCCGGAAGCGGCAACAAAUGGACUCAAAGAAAAGGACGCGAAGCGGCAAACAAAACCUUUAACUAAAAAAAGAAGUUUUGAAAACAUUGAUAACUACAACCAUUACAGCGGAUCUAUCGUUAAUAUGAGUAAAGCACGAGAAAUAGUAGGAGAGCCUAUUGAAAAUAUUGUGCAUUUAUAUCACAGCGGGCACUCGCUACCCCAUUUAGAAGUUGAAGAGCAGAACAUUGAAGAAGAAGUUAGCUCUAUUAUAGCAAGAAUUUCUCAAACUAUAAAGAAAGGCCAUGAGUCCGGAGCACCUAAGAGGGAAACGGCGUUAAAGCACAAGGUCCAAAGUGUACGGGAAAGUAAAGAUCAGCAAAAUCUCCAACGCAUACUUCAGCAGCUUCAAAAUACCGUUGAAAAGAAUGGUAAUCAGGGAAAAGAGGUAACAUCGGAACAACAUUUACAAGAACAAGUAAAUGAGAUACAUACUACCAACUAUUUUUCGAACCUGGCGGUAUACCAGAUGACGGCGCUGAAAGGAGAAGAAAGUAUUAUUGAUCAAGAAGAAUCAAACCGAAAUUUGCCCAAGAAAAAAACUAUUGAUACACUGCAGUCUUUAGCAGACAAAUUAAACUGCUGCCAACGAAAGGCAAAUGUAACUUACGAUUAUCCGCAGCCGGAACAGUACACAGAAUCAACUGAACACCUUCGCAUCGCUAAAGAAAUAAAUGCUCAGCCACUUUUUCAUUUUGUUACGGUUGUACGCAAUACGGGAGCACAAGUACAACAGCAGUUAGAAGCAGCAAAAGAGGAAGCCGUGGAAGUAGGUAACGGUUUUAAAAGACAGUCAGCUGAAAGAUGCCAAACGGUAGUGAAAGGAACACGGUUGCACCAAAACUUACAGACUCAUGAAAGUAGCCUUUCGUCAUUUGAGAGAGAUGAGUUGGAGCACUUCGCUCAAAAUCGAGGUGAGAAUUCUGAAGAGGAGGGAACUGAAAGAGGGCAAGGAAAGAGACAAAAAAUAGAAAGUGAUUUUUCAUGGUUGCUUAGCAAAAAUGCACCAAAAAACGGCAGCUCAAAACCUCCGUUUUACAAAGGAACGUUUGAGGGUUUGUCGCUAGAGAAAGAGCUGCCGGUCGAGCCGUUGAGCAAAUAUGUUGCGGUAUUAAAACAAGGGGGUAACCAGCCAAACGUUUAUUACAGUAGGAGAGUCGAUGACCAUGAAACACUUCAAGAAACUGACCUCUCCCAAACGCCACAACCAAAUAAAGUAAAAUCGCACGGUAUGAUCUCGGAAACACCAGAUUACACAGACUGCAUUGGACCGAACGAAGAAAGACGCAGCGAGUUAUGUAGGAAACACCCAGCAGAUUCAAAAUGCGGUCCAUCUUACACGUCCUAUGCGCAUAAAAACACAAUGCAAAAUCAGCAUAAUAUUGAAUUCUCGCCAAUUCACGACCCUGUGACCGUUCGUCACACCGGUGACAACUGUGACAAUCCUAAUUUAGAAACCUUUUUGGAAAGAAUUGUCUUCACAGACGAUAGAGUAAUGACAAUGCGUAAUUCCCAUGAACUAAAUUACAACCAACUGAAUUCGGCAUCCGUCACUGAAUCAGAUUCAGCUCCACCUGGUGUGCCCAAAACUGAAAUACAUGAUGAAAAGCUUUGCUCCCAACCCCUCGUUUUUCAAUCACGGCGAUCUUACAACCCUCAAGUUUACAACACAAGAAAUCGUGAACAAGAAAUACAGAGCGCAGAAGCCACGAUUACUGACGUUUCCCCGGAACAGUACACCCUAACCGAGAAAACGACCACUAAUGCACAAAAUGGCGGCCCCAAGUCGGUGUUCCUUCAAGCGGAACUAAAUCACGCCUGUACGUAUAACUCUCCCGACUUAAACAUCAGCGUACCUAAAGAACAUUCACCGCACAGAACCAAUGCGUCCCAAUCAAUACUGCUACACAAUCAGACGGCGACCGCAGCGUUUCUUCAUCCGGCUGCCACGGAACCGGACAGGACACCAAUGCUCUUUCAAAGAGAGACACAGAUCAAUUCUCACCAAUUCAUAACGUUCCUCCCUCACGAACUUUCUCCGGAACCGCUUUCCUCACACGUCAACGUAUAUCACCCAGGAAUAUCCCGUGUAGUUCCCAACCACGAGAGAACAGCAGGUGUGAGAAGACCGCGAGAACUUGAAGGAAACCUUGCCGACCUCGUCACAUACAAAUCUGAGGAUUCUCCCUAUCCGAGAUCUAAAGCAUACGCCGUUAAUCUCUCUCUAAUGCCACUCAAGAAAGAGCUCGAACACAUGCCAAUUCACCAGGUUGUGGACCUGCAUCAUAGCGGAACAUACGAUUACUUACCACAGAAAUCUGCACCAGAGCCAACACUGCACAAGGAGAAACGGGAACCUCUUCCAGUUUUCAAAUCUAAAUCUUUUCCAGGAACCCAGCGGGUGCUACAAGCCUUGGAAGGAGAGACCGUGGCAUUUGCCAUCAUUCCGCGCACAUUUCUCUCACAUGAGCUUUCUCAAGACCCGCUUUCCUCGGCUGUUGACGAAUAUCAUUCAGGAAUAUCCGCCGUACCUGUCCCUGAAGAGAGAAGAAAAGGUGUGGGAAAACUACGAGAGUUUGACGAGAACUUUGCCGACCUCGUCACUUUUAGAACUAACGAGGGCGCCUAUUCGAGGUCGGAACCCUACCUCGGCGACGUAAGCUGCCUGUCAGUCGAGAUAGAGCUCGAACACCUGCCACUUAAAAUGCUUGCAGACGAGUACCACAGCGGAACCUCCUGUUACUUCCUCCGGAAAUCUCCAACAGAGCCACCAGUGAUUCAGGAGAAAGAAGAGCCUGUUCUACUUUCGAAAUAUCAAGCAAUUGCAGGAACUCAGCGAGUGCUAGAGUCUUUCACACGGGAGAAAGUUGUAUUUGACAUAAUUUCGCGCACAUCACUCUCAAACGAACUUUCUCUUCAGCCGAUUUCAUCGGAGGUUAACGUGUAUCACUCAGGAAUAUCUAUAGCAAUUCUUCCCAAAGACAGAAGAAAGGGAGUGGGAACACGACAAGAAUUUCAAGAGAAGCUUCCCGAAGUUCUCACUUUCGGAGGUAGCGAGAGCGCGUAUCCCAGAUCCGAAGCAUACCUGGGCGACACGCGCUUCCUACCAGUCGGCGCAGACCUCGAACACAUGCCAAUUCAUAAGGUCGCGGACGUGUAUCAUAGCGGGACUUACGAUUACUUAUCCCAGAAACCUCUAGUGGACAUAACAGUGUUCAAGCGGAAAGAGGAGCCUAUUUCGAUUUUAAAACAUGAGCCAGUUACAGCAUCCCAAUGGGUGCCAGAAGCAUUUAAAGGAGACGGCAUUCCUUUUGACAUUAUUCAGCGCACAUUGCUCUCAAAUGAGCUUUGUCCUGAACCGCUCUCCUCCCAGGUUCACGUAUACCAUUCAGGAAUAUCGUACGUCACUGUUCCCGAGGAGAGAAGAAAAGGACUCGGAAGAUUAGGAGAAUUUGAAGAAAAGCUUGCCGAUCUCGUCUUUUUCAGAACGAGCGAGGGUGUUUAUCCGAGAUCGCAACCGUACCUGAAUGACGUCCAUUUCCUGCAACUCAACGCAGAGCUCCAACACAAGCCAAUUCAUCAGGUUGUGGUCGUGUAUCACACCGGAACCUACGACUACUUGCCCGAGAAAUCAGUUAUAGAA